CUGAAAUAUCCAACAUGGCAGAAAAACACAGGGGAGGACCGCAACUUUGACGAGAUUUUAGAAUAAUUUCCUUGACAGCUUUUAAUUUGACUCAGAUUUAAAUCAGAAUGAAUGCAGACGUAGAAAACCACAUCAGGCAAAACCAUGUAUGGUCGAAACUGCCUGCUAAUGUCAAACAGGUUUUAGGCAAUUCCCAGAAGGAGUAUGAAAAAGCGGUAGUGCAAUUUAGUGUAAACAAUCAGCUACGAUAUAAAACAAAUCUGGUAAAAACUGUUCGAAAAGAUGAGCGGCGUUACUACGAGGACCUUUUACAGUACAGUCAGGACCAUUUAAUGUUAUAUCCCUAUCAUCUAUCUGAUGUUGUUGUGAAAGGACUGAGAGUGACACCAUUUAUAUAUUACAUCAACAUGAUGUCAGACAUUAUGUCACAGGAACGAAGCUACGACUCUUUACCAAACUUCACUGCUGCUGAUUGUCUUAGACUAUUAGGAAUUGGAAGGAACCAGUACAUUGAUCUGAUGAAUCAGUGUAGAUCAUCAAAGAAAUUCUUCCGAAGGAAACCACCAAGAGAUUUGCUGCCAACAAAGCCAGUUGAAGCGGUCACCAUAGAUCCCUGGUGGGUGGCUAAUAUAGGAUAUAUCACAGAAGAUGAUAUCAGGGUGUGCUCUAUAGCAGAGAAGAAUUUGAUAGAUAGAAUUAUUGAUUUGGGCUCACAGACAGCUGGAGAACUCAACUAUAAAUUAUUACAUGGUUUGUACAGACGAGGACUUGUGUACUUGGAUGUUCCCAUUCAAGAUGAUGAUUUUAUCAUAUUACCACCCUUAGAGAAUUUUGUGAUGAAUCGUGUGCUAGGAGAUUACUUUGAGACGUUACUGUAUAAAAUAUUUGUAUCCAUUGAUGAACAUACAACUGUAGCUGAGCUAUCUAAUGUGUUGCAGAUAGAUUUACAACUAGUGAAGAUGGCAGUGUCAAUGUAUUGCCGACUUGGUUUUGCAAAGAAAAAAGGUGCAGAUGUUAGUGAGGAGGAGCUGCAUCCGUCUUGGAAAGAAAUGAAACCUCAGAGUAAAAAAGUAACACAGGACCAGCUGAUUAUAGACUGGGGGGAUGCAAUUGCUGAUGUGAAUGAAGCUCCACCCAACCCCUCACCUGUAACUAAACCUACAGUAGUCUCAGAUCUGGUCAACCUGGAAACAUCAAUGGAUACAGUUCCUACUGGUGCUACAAAGAGAAUAGCAUUUCUGUUUGAUUCUACCCUUACUGCCUUCCUCAUGAUGGGAAAUUUGUCACCUGGCCUGAAAAGUCAUGCUGUGACAAUGUUUGAAGUGGGCAAACUGAGUGAUGAGUCUCUAGACAGUUUCCUCUCGGAACUGGAGAAGGUUGGUUUUGAAGCUGAGGGAGAGGCAAGGCGUUAUUUUGUUCAUGCAUUAUUACUGAGAGAUACUGUCAGAUUUCUCCGUUAUAACAAAAGCUUGUGUGCGGAGAAUGAAACUGGGUCAGCAGUUGACCUUAUACGAUGUGAAAGUUUACUAAGUCUUGAUGCUUCCACAAGAUCUAGGGUGCUGAACAAAAAUUACAGUUUGCUAGUCUCAAUGGCACCACUGAGUUAUGAGAUUCAGCCAGUGUCUAGCUGUACACCACAACAUAUAGGACCUGCUAUACCAGAGGUGAAUUCUGUGUGGUUCAAGUUGUAUAUGUACAGUCUAACAGGACAUGGUCCACCAUCAUUGUUACUUGUGAAAGGAAAGAAGUUACGCAGAAUACCAAAAAUAUUUCUGGAGUAUGAUCGCCUCUUGGUAACAACUUGGGGUCACGACCCUGGUGUCAUAGCAACCAGCAAUAUUUUGUUGACCUUGAAUGAUGCCCUCUCACAUUCUGCUGUCUUUGUGCAGGCACAUGGGUGGCAGUCCGAGGGAAGAACUGUACAUGUCCCCUUUCCACUGGAUACAAGUACAGGUUCCUUUGCAAAGAGUCAUUUUCACAAUCACUGUGCAAUACAAUCAUUAAAACAAGAAAUUGACUUGGAGCAUUUAUGUGGAUAUAUUACAUUAUUAAAUACUGGUCGAGAAUCAAGAACUAUAUUCAAACAUGAUGAAGACGAUGAAGACUUUAAUAUAAAUAUAAACAAUUCUAAUCCAUUUGGAAGCUUGUCCGGCAGUAUACAUUCCUCUGAUAGUGGGAACAAUAUUUUAGAUGAACCAUUAAAUGGCCUGAAGGAUAAAUCGUCUGCUGCAAUGCUGGCAUCAGAAAUUGAUCUCUUGGAACAGGAGAGUACACAGAAGGGGGAUAACUCUGAUAGUCCAACUGAGAAACCACAUAGUUUAGAUCUCAAAGAGGAGACUGAAAGUUUGGUGGAGGAUGAGUGGUGUUUACUAGACUGUUAUUUUGGAAUUCCUCUGUUUGAACCAAACAUUAACAAACAGAUAUGUGAUAAAGUGGUCUCGCAAGGAUUAUUCAAUUCAAAUAGCUUGGAGAAAUUGUUACAUUCCAGUAGGAAGAUGUCCCUGAGAUUGUUGAACUUCAUAUCACAAUAUCAGGACCUUUUAAGUGGACCAGACUCUGAUCCAAUGGCAUCACAGAAAGACCAGUGUGUGCCAUACCCCACCCAGUGUCUAAUCUUUAACAGUGGUGUUCUCAGCAAAUGGGAAUGCUGACACUUCCUAUGUUUUACUUAGAGCUGACAAUUUUCAUGUUUUAUCUUAUGCUGGCACAUUUGCUAGUUUGCUAGAUAUUGACAGAUUUGUCGUUUGUCCAAAUGAUGACACAUAUGUCAGUUAAUGCUUGUCAUUCCUGUUUGUUGCAGUCAUAUUUGGCAGUUUAACUAAUGCUAACAGAUUUGUCAGUUUAUUUGUGACUGACCUUGACUGCGUAAUGAAAAAUCUGUAUAAAGUUCAGUACCACCACUGGUUACAUGAAUGCUUAAGGAAAAUUGAUAUUCCUUAGCAGAAUCCAGUGCUCGUAUUUUCUCCAUUCAAUAUAAUGCAUUUACUCAGAUAGGUACAAAGUACCUGUAAUCAGAUAGUUAUAAGUUACCUGUAAAAUGUUGACUAUUCUUCUUUAAAACAUUAGACAUUUUACAGGUAAGGAUCUCAUGUCUACACCAGUCAGCUAAAUGGUAGACAUCAUAUAACCAUAAAUAUUAGCAAAGAUCCUAUUUUUACAAAAUUUUAUUUAUGUAGCAGUUUAAAUGAUUUGAUCUGCAAGAUGCAGAACUUUGCCAAAACAGAAUUUGUUAGUGUCAGCAUCACAGUCAAGUACCAGUAACACACCAGAUUUAUAAAUUUGUCUUCCUUUCUAGAUUUAAGAUGAUACUAUAUGAAAUAGAUGAAACUUGACAUAUCUCAUUUUCAGAUGUGGGGAGAUUCAUAUCCUUUAUUUUGGAAAUUAUAAAAUGAGCCAUGCUAUGAGAAAACCAACAUAGUGGUUUUGCGACCAGCAUGGAUCCAGAUCAGUCUGCUCAGCCUAGUCAGGAUCCAUGCUGUUCGCUGACGGUUUCUCUAAUUGCAAUAGGCUUUGAAAGCGAACAGCAUGGAUCCUGACCAGGCUGGUCUGGAUCCAUGCUGGUCGCAAACGCACUAUGUUGGUUUUCUCAUGGCAUGGUUCAAAUAUACAUAACCACAUUCUAACUUGACUAUUCAAAGAAUUGUGAGAGCUAUUCUGCUUACCCAGGCAGUUUUGCAUGUAAGUUCUUAUCUCGGUAACUAUUGCAUGUGAUGGAUUUAAACUUUACACAAGGCUUCCUCAUCAUGAAACCAUCUGAAAUAACCAAGUUAAAUAACUCUUGAUUGAAUAUGUUACUGAUUAUGGCCCUUUUUCAAGUUACGGUAAAACUUUUUCAUGCAACUGUCAAGCUGUAUCUCAGUUGGGAUUGAAGCUUCACAGAAGACAUGCUCAUAAAAUGUACUUACAUACCCAAGUUAGAUAACUCUUGGUUGAAAUUGAUUCAUUUUAUGGACCUUUUAUGACAGAUUUUUUAUUGAAGUUUGCAUGAAGAUUGUUACUAUUGCUGUAUUAAAUUUUAAUUUGUAAUAAGAUAAUUCAAUUACGUAAGUCUUGCCUAGGUGUGGACCUUGUUAAACCUAGAAGUUGUUGAAUAGUUGAGUGUGCUGUAUAACGUACAGCUGUUGUUAUGGAAUAUAAAGCACCUGUUUGUAGUCUGACCUGGACUGUUUCUUGUAUCUUGGAAUUACAUCAGAAAGAGGUCAGAUGUAUAAAGUUGGGACCAAAUAAAACUGUGAUCGUCUUCCAGAUUGAGGGUAAAUAAUCUAUUGAAAUGUUCAGUUCUGUUUGUCAUGAAUUUUCAUAGCAUUGGGAUGAAAUAGAAUAUAUUAGGGUCUUACAUGAUUUACAGAUAAAAAGAACUCUUUACAUUCGAUAUUUCUAGUUAUGUCACCCACCACAUAGUGAUAUUUAUUCUGCUUUUGUUUGUUUGAAGGGUGUGUUAAGUGACAGGAAUUAUUAUUAAAGUUAUAUAAAUUCACUUUCACAAUUGUUUUUUUUUUGUUUUUUUUUUAGGAAGCUGUCUUGUCAAAUUGAUGAACUUGUUCUGAUUGUUGAGAAAACAGUGUGACAGCAGAAGACUUUUUAUAGAGAAAAUAUAAUUUUAGAAUGAGGCUCCAUUAUUCUUUGCAAGGUUGAUACUUAUAAGAUACAAAUGAAGAAAGUUAUUUUACUGAUGACCAAUAUUGGAAAUGUUCUCUCUGUAUAUCAGUUAAAUGUUUGUUUAUCUAACUUUGAGUACAGACAGAUCCUUAUUACUUUCAUGUUUGGUCAGGGUCAUUAUGUAUGCUUGUUAAUUUUUCUUGACUGCUUUUAGAAGACAGCUGUGUCAGUUUGGUAAGCAACAUCAGAUAUUGCAAUAGAAGGCCAAUUUACAUUUAAAUGAAAAGAGACAGGCAUGAGCUUGAUGAAUUAGAAUGUGUACAAAUAAUGAAGAUUCCCACUCAAAUAUAUCUUUGCUAUAGUUUCAAUUAUGAUCGAUAAUUUGGACCAGUACAUUGAUUAGAUUCCUGUGUGCUGAUAAGAUAUUGCAGUUACACAAAUAAUGUAGUGCAGUUUGAAUCUAGACAUUGAAAUACAGUUUAACUGAACACCUGUCAUUGUGCCUAAGACAUACAGAAUACUGCAGUUUUGGAAGUUUGGAGUUUCCGCAGAAAAAUCAUAGAAAAUCUAUGGCUGGAAAAAUGCUCAAUUUAGCUUUAGCAUUUAUUUUCCAGAUUUCUUCAAUUUUGGUCUCAAGAUAACUAGAAGUAAGGAUGACUUUACGAUGCUACAAUUAAAAAAGAAAACAACUUCAUAUUAUGUAUAUUUUCUGCGCAUAAUUGCUAUGUAUCAGACAUUGUCUUUACAUCUGUUUGUCUGUUAGCAAUUUUGUUUCUGCUCAGUAACUUAAGAAUGCUUGACCUACGAUCCUCAAACUUGAUGUGCACAUUGUUUGUGGUCUGUGCAUCAUACUGGGAGUACAAAGCCCCUUUCUGCUCAAUAUCUUGAGAAUCCUAACACUUCAUAGGUACAUUCAUCAUUGGUAGUUGAAAUUGGUGGGUCUAAGAUCAAAGUUACAGUUACUGUUACCUGAAAAUACGUUUUUUGCUCUGUAAAUCCAGAGAAAACCUUUACCUACUGUCCUCUUUUUUUGACAGGCACAUUGCCCAAAGACAGCAUUUGACACAUAUUGAUCUUGAAGUCAUAGGUCCAUGUCACACUGAUCAUUAAAUAAAUUUAAAAACUGUUUCCUCUCAAUAUUUAGCGAGAUUUCAUCUGCGACCCUCAAAUUUUGCAUGGACAUUGCCAGUCGACAGUAUGUCACACUGACUGUUAUUACAAAAUCUUUUUUUAUGUACAAUAUAUCGGAAAAGACUUGAGGUAUAUCUUGGCAGACACAUUGCAAAUGAGCAUUUAAUGACCCCAUACUGAUUUUGAGACCGGUGAGUCUAAGGUUGAAGGGCACAUUGCUUCAGGCAUAUUAUGCUAAGGGGCGCUAUUGUUUUAUUUAUUUUGUAAUGUUCUUAAUUCCAUUAGUAUAUUUGUUACUUUGUGAAGGGAGAUAAUGGUUAUCUUGUUUACAAAGUUCUAGUGCAAUAUCUAACCACAUCAAAGUACAUUGUAAUUGCAUUUUAGUCCUUGUCUUAUUUUAUAUCUACAUUUUGUAGUUUUGAGCAGUCACUCAUUUUGAAAUAGUGCUAAUUUUGUAGAGCUGCCUAUAAACUUAUUAUUUAUUAUAAGCAUUUCAUAGUCCUGGGCCAGUAUUUGUCAGCAUUUUGAGUAUGAAACUUUGACUUUAAAAUGUUAAAUUUUCUUUUUUUAUCUGUCUUAAAUUAAUACAGGAUGUAAUGAAACUUUACAGGAAUAUGCAUUCUUUUGCUACAUGCAGCUUCUUACCAAAAUUUUGUCAGUAUUGAGUUGCUGUAAACAAAAGUUAUGAUGAUAUGAAUAUUUGCCAUUCUAAAGUCUCGAGUUUAAACAUUGGUGAAUACAGAUCCUGUAGGUUCAGGUCCCGUGUUCGCAAAACAUUUUCAGUCUCAGCUGAGUUUGAUAAUGAAACUUUAUUUGUCAUUUAUAUCUAAAUAGCAUGUUUAAAACAAAAUUUUAAGAUAAUAACUCUUUGCAAGUGGCUAUUCAGUAUUGAUGAUCAGUCUCAGCUGGAAUUUAACCCUAAAGUUUUAAUAAAAUUGAUAUUAAAAUUUCCAACUCAAACUCAGCUGAGUCCGAAAAAUGUUUUAUGAACACGGGGCCUGAUUGUUAAAAUAAAUAUUACAAGGAAACAUUCUCUAUGUUUACCCUUUUUUAGACAGAGUUUUUGGCAGUUGAUGAUAUAUGUCACAUAGCCUAACAUUUUUGGCAUAUGUAUUAUAGUGUUUUGAAAUUAUAUUUUAUUUAUUCAAUUUUGAAAUGGACACUUACUGGUCUUCAGAAUGCUGUAUGUAAAAUAUACUGUAAUAAUUGCAUAUUUUGUUACAGGCAGUAAAACUAUGUUUAUAUCAUGCAGAGGUAGUCAAGCCUCAGUGUUGAUUUUACUUAAUUAAAAUUAUGACCCCCUCCCCCCCCCCCACCCCCUCCACUCCACACACACAAACACUGGGGGAGACAUAUUGUUUUUGCCCUGUCCGUCCGUCACACUUCAUUUCCAAUCAGUUUGACCUAGAAUGUUGUUGAAACUUAAUUAACAGGGUGGCAGGGCUUAUGGAGUAGACAACCCCUAUUGUUUUUGGGUCACUCCCAUCAAAGGUCACGGUCACGGGCCUGAACAUGGAAAACCAUUUCCAAUCAGUAACUUGAGAACCACUUGACCCAGAAUGUUGAAACUUCAUAGGAUGAUUGGUCAUGCAGAGUAGAUGACCCCUAAUGAUUUUGGGGUCACUCUAUUAAAGGUCAAGGUCACAGGGGCCUGAACAUGGAAAACCAUUUCCGAUCAAUAACUUGAGAACCACUUGACCCAGAAUGUUGAAACUUCAUAGGAUGAUUGGACAUGCAGAGUAAAUUACCCCUAUUGAUAUUUGGGUCACUAUUAAAAGUCAAGAUCACAGGGGCCUGAACAUGGAAAACCAUUUCCGGUCAGUAACUUGAAAACCACUUGACCCAUAAUGUUGAAACUUCAUAGGAUUAUUGGAAAUGCAGAGUAGAUGACCCCUAUUGAUUUUGGGGUCAUUCUAUUAAAGGUCAAGGUCACAGUGGACAGAACAUGGAAAUCCAUUUCCGGUCAAUAACUUGAGAACCAUUUUACCUAGAACCUUCAAACUUCAUAGGGUGAUAGGAUUUAAAGUGUAGAUGGCCCUUAUUGUUCUGGGGGUCGAGCUAAAGUCAAGGUCACAGGGACCUGAACAUAAAAAACUCUUUCCAAUCAAUAACUUUAGAACCACUUGACCCAGAAUGUUGAAACUUAAUAGGAUGAUUGGACAUGCAGAGUAGAUGACCCCUACUGAUUUUGGGGUCACUUGAUCAAAGGUCAAGGUCACAGAGGCCUGAACAUGGAAAACCAUUUCCAAUUCAUAACUUGAGAACCACUAGGCCCAGAAUGUUGAAACUUAGUUGGAUGAUUGGACAUGCCAAGUAGAUGAUCCCUAUUGCAGCCAACUAUCAGUGUCUCUUUGACUUUCGCUCCUAUCCCCUAUUGACUUCUUGCCAAUGCAUUGGGGGAGACAUGCGCUUUUCUGCAAAAGCAUCUUCUAGUUAAUAUAAUAAUCUGUUUUGUAAUUAGCUUUAGUUUUGUUAAGAAUCAGAUGUACAAUACCCACAUAAUGUAACUUGGAUUUAUUUUGGAAAAAUCGAAGCAUUCAUCAAAGAUAUGGUUAUAAAUGUAGCAGUAUUGUUUAUAAUACAUCAGCACUGCUGCUGUAUUGCAGAACCUUUGUAGACAUGGAGACUGUACUCACACAGAAAACCUUGUUUUCACUUAAGAAGAAGCAAAUAGAAAAUAUAUCACCUUAGAUUUGAGCUAUUGUUUUUUACUUGGGACAUGGAUUACUGCAAAUUUCCACUUACUUCUAAAGGACUUUCAGCUAUUACAUACAUAUAACAUGUAUUAUAUAGAUUAAUAAGAAAUGAUUUUAGUUAGCAACAUUUUAGAUGAUAAGUUGCUUUUUAGCAGAUUAUACCAUAUUAAUGAUAUUUAUUUUGUUUAAAUUCUCUCAAUCCUUUGUGAUUGUAUAUAAGUAAUAUAUCAUUCUACAAUUCUUUUUCAAGUCAGAAACAACCUUUUAAUGGCCCAGGUAGUUACAUAAUAACGGUCAUCUUUUGAAUUUUUCAGUUUUGAUUUUAAAGAAGUAAAAUAUAGAUGUACCAUUGUUUCCAGUGAGAUGGAUACUUCUUUGAUGAAUUUUAUUUCCUAAAAGGAAAGAUUGUGUACAUUUGCAAUGUAAAUGAACAUUUUAAAUUGAAAUGUGCUUGUGGUGGAGGAAGGAGUGUAUUUGUGUUUCAUAGACUCAUAAAUUGUAUUGUUGCAUUAUUUUUUGAUAUCCUUAAUCUUUAGCCUGCUCAUUUUCUAAAAAUGGAUUAGUCCAUCAUUUAAUUCAGGCAGUACCACUUGUUUAUCAAAGGGGUGUUCACAGAAAAUUUACUGACUGAAUAGCGAACAGUGCAGACCAUGACCAGCCUGCAUGGACGUGCAGGCUGAUCUUAGUCUGCACUGGUAGCAAAGGCAGAACCACUGGCCGACAGCAGGCUAUAGGUUUAAGUGAUGUUAAAGGUUUAACUGAAAGUUACUUGUUGCUGAUUUUAUUACAUAUAUUUAAGUUACAUUCCAUAUUCUGAAAACAAUUAUUGGUAUGUUGAUUUAGCUGUUUUUGAAAAGAAGAAAAUUAUUUAAACUUAUAAAUACUUUUACAGCUUUUCAUGUGUAUAAUUUUUAGCUCACCUGAGCACAAAGUGCUUAUGGUGAGGUAUUGUGAUCAUGCUGUGUCUGUCGUCUGUCAAGACGUCCGUCGUCAACAAUUGUGUUUUAACGACAUCCUUCCUCCAAAACCACUGAAUGGAUUUUGAUGAAACUUGGCCCGGAUGUUCCUUUAGUGGUCCUCUUCAAAAGUUAUUCGAAAGGUUCCGCUUGGUUGCACAUAGGGGCCGCCAGAGCUAAAAAUAGAAAAAUCUUCAAACAACAUCUCCUAAACCAAUGGUCUGAUUUUUAAAUAAUUGUACACAAUGGUCCUCCUAUCACUCUCUACCAAGAUUGUUCAAAUUAUACUGAUUCGUCAAAUAACAUGGCCGCCAGGGGGCAUGGUCACUUUUCCCUAUAUAUAUGUUAUAUAUGUAGUGGAAAUUAAAAAAAUCUUCUUGUGUGAAACUGCUGGCCCAAUUUUAAAAUAAUUUUACACAAAUGGUCUUUAUGUGACCCUCUACCAAGAUUGUUCAAAUUAUUCCGAUUCGUUAAAAAACAUGGCCACCUGAGGGCGUGGUCACUUUUCAUCAACAAUUUCUUUAAACAACAUCUCCUCCAAAACCACUGGAUGGACUUUGAUGAAACUUUACACAAACAAUCUCUGGGUACCCCUCUUUCAAAGUUGUUCAAAUGGUUCCAGUUCAUUGAACAUAUGGGUCUUUUUGGUUAAAAAUAGGUUUUUAGCUACCACACUUUAAAAAUCUUUUUCUCUAGAGCUUUGAUAUUUGGCAUGUGAUAUAAGGGUUUAACUCUCUACCAUAAUUGACCAGAUUAUUGCCCAAAGGUCAAAAAUGGCCAAGCCUCUGUAUGUGACAUGUACUUACUAUAGGCUUUAAUAUAAGAAACUUUGAGAAUCUUCUUCUCUGAAUCAAUAAUAGCUAGAGCCUUGAUUUUUGGCUUAUGAUAUCAGAGUUGUACUGUCUUACUAUUGCCCUAGGUUAAAGAAUGUGUGUGACGGCUAACAUAGAAGAAACCUAUCAAUACUUGUACCAUUACAUUAUACAAACACACUUAAAGCCUUAUACACAGGUGAGCGCUUUAGGGUCAGUGACCCUCUUGUUUAUAUGUAGCAUCUUUAUAUGGUCCUCCCUGACUUUGUUGAAACAGUAUAGCUAGGCCCAUUACACCAAACAUGCUGUGUAGCAUCCUUGCAUGGUCCACUGUCAAAUACGAUCAAUAGUUUUCCAUGGCCCGUUUUAGGGGCAGCCAGAGCUAUAAAUAGAAGAACCUUUAAACAGCUUUUUCCUUGAACCACUUGAUGGAAUUUCACCAAACUAGAACUGUAGCAAUAUUGUAUGGUCUUGUCAAUAUUUUUCAUGUGGUACAACUUGACCCAUUUUAGGGACCACAAGAGCUGAGAAUAUAAAAGUCUCAAAACAACUUCUCUUUAAAUGCUUCAUGGACCUUCAUCAAACCUGGCCUAUUUCACCAGUGCAUGGACCUUUCUCAAGUUUGUUCAAAUGGGCCUGCUUAACCCCUUUAAGGGGCCAACAGAGCUAAAAAUAGAAAAAUCUUCAAACAACUUCUAAUGAAAGUAAUCUUAAUCAAACAUGUUCUAUAGCAGCUUUGCAUGAAAUUUUCUUUAUUUUUGUUCAGAUGGUUCUGGUUAUUAGGGACUGCCACUUCUUCACAUGAACCACUUAAAAUAUCUUUGCAAAACUUUGUUUGUAGAACCUUUGAUGGACCUUUUUCAGUUUUAUUCAAAUGUUCCUGUCUGACCGAAGGUAGGGACUGCCUUAGCUGAAAUAUGAAAAAUAUCUUUAUACAUCUUCUCAUGAACUUGAUGGACCAAACUUUAUUGGUUGGAAUUCUCUCAAGAUUCUAGGGGCAGCAGAAAGUAGAAAAAAAAACUUUACAUUUCUUUCAAGGGACUGCUUUAUGGAUGGUCACCAAACUUAGCAAGGUCAAAGUCCUCCUCAGAUGAGCGACUUGGGCCUAUCAUUCAGUGACAUAGGGAGCAUGUAAUUCAGUGCCAUAGAUAUGCUUGACUAUCAGAUGAUAUGUCUUGCAUCAAAGUCCAUGCAUGAUAUACAAAACUUGCAUUUAUUAACUCUGUUAUUAUACAUUCAAAUAAAAGCAAAAGAAGA